AUGGAGGGCCGCGACGUCAAGAUCCCUUGGUACUUCCUCUGUCCAAUGUCCCUGCAGAUCAUGAGGGACCCCGUGUCGACCAUGACGGGCAUAACCUACGAGCGCGAGAGCAUCGAGAAGUGGCCUUCCAAGUCCUCCAGCAACGGCGCGGCCACCACUUGCCUAACCAGCCGUCGCCGAGGGUUCCAGCCUCACCCCGAACCACACGCUCCUUCGGCUCAUCCAGGCGUGGUGCGUCAGCAACGCGAAGAACGGCGUCGACCGGAUCCCGACCCUGAAGUCGUCCUUCGAGAGUGUUGCGUCUUGAAGCUGGUGAAGGAGCUCGUAGCCGAGCACUCGAUUGUCGAGGCGAUGAAAGAGUUGGAAGAACUGGCAGAGGAGAACAAGCGAAACCGGACGUGCAUGGUCGGGCACAGAGCAACCGUCGAAGCAAAGAGUGAAGAAGUGACACCCAAGCGAGUGCUGGAGCGGAAAGUGAGUGACCACGGGAGAGAGUGA